AUGGGCAACAUGGCAACAGAGAUCGUUGCCUUUCUCCUGACCAUCUCGGGCUGGAUCCUGGUGUCGUCCACACUACCUACGGACUACUGGAAGGUGUCCUCUGUGGACGGGACGGUCAUCACCACGGCUACCUUCUGGUCCAACCUAUGGAAAACGUGUGUGACUGACUCCACCGGUGUGUCCAACUGCAAGGACUUUCCUUCAAUGCUGGCUCUGGAUGCCUACAUCCAGGUGUGUCGGGGUCUGAUGAUUGCCGCCGUAUGUCUGGGUUUCUUUGGUGCCGUCCUCGCCUUGAUAGGAAUGAAAUGCACAAAAAUAGGAGGUUCGGAGACGACCAAGGCUCGCCUGACCGUCCUCUCGGGCUUCCACUUCAUUCUCAGCGGCCUUUGCUCCAUGAUCGCAUGCUCCAUAUAUGCUCGCAGGAUCACAACAGACUUCUUUGACCCCCUCUUUGUUGCCCAGAAGUUCGAACUGGGAGCAGCUCUCUUCAUUGGCUGGGCUGGAUCUGUGCUGUGCAUCCUCGGAGGACUUAUCUUCUGUCUCUCCCUGUCUGAAGGCUUCAGUAUCAGAGCUGAAUACUCCUAUAGUGGAGCGGCAUCGUUUGUGACAGCACGCAACAAGCACAGCAAGACAGUCAACAGCCUCCACAAGGAACCACGAGAGCCAUCGAGACAGUUCGGAAGAAAUGCCUACGUGUGAAAGCGGACUCUAUCUUGUUGUCACGUGACUUGAUUGUGGAUCAUAAUAGUUUGUGGUCAUCAGAAACUAUUUCACCAGUAGAAACCAAGGACAGCAUUCACUUGGCUCAAGUGUGCUUAAUGUGACAGUUUACAUAUUUUAUUGAUUUUAAGCAGUCGGAUUCCUCUUUAAAUUUGGCUGCUUUUUGGGACUUUUCUGUCAAUGGUCCGUACGUAAAAGAUACGCUUGUUUUUCUUUUAGGGCAGGAAAUUUGAUUUGGCACAAAACACUGUUCAAACUCUCCGGUCACCUUCAACAAGCUGGCCCCUCCUGCCUGUCUCACAUAGACUGGUCACAUUAAAUCUCUUUUAUAAUUCCAGAGUCAAAGGCCAAUUGGACAUCAGUAUUUAAAGCAGUCUGUUAUAGAUUUUAAAGCUUUUUUUUUAGCAUUUUGUCCCCAUAAAAACUAGAGGAUGUCACACAGAUUAUGUUCUCUGAAUAAUAUGGUGUUGUAAAUUAAUUAAACAUGAUUUUUUUGUAUUUUUCCACUAAAAUUGAUCAUUUUAAGCAGGUUUUCAUAGGAUUACAAUGUAUUUUUUAAUUACAAUAUAUAAAAAAUACAGGUUGAGUACUUAAAAACCUGAGUAGCUAUGAUGUAACUCCAGUUAAUUUUCUCACGUUGCAUCAGUUAAUAUUUCUCAAACAGAAAUGGAUCAUACGAUCUUUCUCUUUUUCUUGGUCUACAUCGAUCUGACCUCCGAGGGUCACUAGGUCACAUCUGACCCCACGAGAUGUCUAUGCCGAGCUGGAGGCCCGACCGGAGGUUUUCCCUCCUAUCAGCCAUCCAUCUCCACCUAGGAAUUAUUAUCAAUAGGAACC